UAGAAACCCUCAAAAGGUUAAUAAAUUCGAGUUCGGUCCGUCUCUUCCGCGAAUACCACGCGGAGACGACGACCUCUCUCGCUCGCGCUUUCUCUCUCUCCCCCUCUCCCGACAGACGGAGAAAGAGUGAGAGAUCGAGAGAAGGGAGAAAUAGAUCUCCGAAAACCCUAACACUAACCCCCAUCGCCAGCGAUUGGAGAUCGAAAUCCGCGGUUCAUGGCGUCCUCGCGGGUGAUGGCGUCCUCCUCCUCGGCGAAUUCCGAUCUGACGCGCCAGUCUUCCAUCUGCUCCCUUCCAGUCACCGAUCUCCAGAGCUCCAUCAGCGGCGGCGGAGAGCUCACCAAGAACCUCGGCUCCAUGAGCAUGGACGACCUCUUCCGCAACAUAUGCGGCGACAACCCCGUGGCCUUCGCAGGCGGCGCGGAGGGUGGAGUCUCGGUGUCCCGGCAGGGUAGCUUCGCGUUUCCGAAGAGCGUCGGCGAGAAGUCAGUGGAUGAGGUGUGGCGGGAGAUCACCGCCGGCCGGAAGGCGGACGGCGGGGACGGACCCGGAUCGGAGAUGACGCUGGAGGACUUCCUGGCGAGGGCCGGGGCGGUGGGGGAGGACGACGUCGGCGUUCCGUCGGGAUCGAGCCAGGUGGCGUUUCAGCCGCAUCCGGUUGUGGGGGAUCGGUUGGGGCAGCCGCAACAGUUGCCCGUGGAGAAUCCUGCUUUGGGGCUUGGGAAUGGAGCGGAGGGUGUUGGAAAGGUAGGGAGAGGGAAGAAGAGAUCGGUGUUGGAUCCGGUGGAUAGGGCUGCGCUACAGCGGCAGAAGAGGAUGAUAAAGAACAGGGAGUCCGCAGCUAGAUCGAGGGAGAGGAAGCAGGCUUAUAUUGCUGAGCUUGAAUCUUUAGUCGCACAGUUGGAGGAAGAAAACGCACAGCUAUUGAGAUCUCAGGAGCAGCAGCAAAAGAUGAGAGUUAAGCAGCUGUCUGGUUGGGCUAGUUGAAUCCGAACUCAAAAGCUAUUUACCCAAGAACAUACUAAAGGCCAGUAGUGUCAAAAAUAUUCUUUUUAAGCAUUUGCCUAUUACGUUUGCAAUCGUAACAAUGAAGUUAAUAGCUUACAAUUGUUUUGCAGCUUUUGGAAAACAUAGUACCAGUUACUGAGAUGAAAAAACCACGCCGAAUUCUGCGAAGAACUUGCUCUAUGGAGUGGUAGAGAGAGAGAGAGAAAGAGAGAGAGGGGGUAUCAAAGUUAGACUCAGGAGAUCUGUUUCCAGUGAUCCUUUUGAGUGGAUUUUUUUGCAGUGUAUAAAGAGAACCCAUCGAUCCAGGACAGGUAGUAGAACAACAUUUGGGCGUCAUGAAGGAUGAUGGCUGUGUUAUCAUCUCAUUGUUUAGCUAUAUUAUCUUCAUUAAAAGGAGUGGUAUCGUACAGAAAGAAACAUAAAUAAGCAACAGACGCUAACCACUCACAAACCCUGACUAUCUGAUUUCUCAAACUUGUUUCCAUGGUUUUAAUUCAUACCCUUUUUAGGUGUUGUUCCUGUUCA